GGCUCUGCUGUUCAUAUGUGCACUAUUCUAGUUGUCUACUUUAACUUUCAGCUUCAGCAAUUAUUUUCCAACUUUAAUUGGUUUGAUCCACUUAUUAGUUCACAGAUUUGCAGAAUGUGUAUAACUGUGUUUGUUUGGCAAGCCCACCCUCUCUACCCACUCCUCCUCUUGUUCAACAGAGAUGAAUACCACAAUAGGCCGACGAAGCCGGCAAUGUGGUGGCAAUGUGGUGAGAUAGUGGGAGGGAGAGAUGAGAUUGGAGGAGGGACAUGGUUGGCUUCUUCAAGAGGAGGCAGAGUUGCUUGUCUCACUAAUGUUAUGGAGCUUCAUAACCUUCCUCGGGCAAAGAGCAGAGGUCACCUCCCUCUGCGUUUCUUAAAGAGCAAAAAAAAUCCCAAAGAAUUUGCAGAGGAAGUGGCAAAAAAGGCACACAAGUACAAUGGAUUUAAUUUGAUAGUUGCAGAUCUUUCCUCCAAAUCAAUGGUUUAUAUCACCAACAGGUCAAAAGGGAAAACUGUGGUGGUUGAGGAGGUUUCUCCUGGUAUACAUGUUCUUGCAAACGCACGACUUGACUCACCUUGGCACAAGUCUCUACGUCUGGAACUGAAAUUUAAGGAACUGCUUGAUGAACAUGGUGAUGGUGAAAUCCCUACAAGCGAGAUGGUAGAAAAACUGAUGAGAGACCCUGUCAAAGCUGAUAAAACCAUGUUGCCUCACAUUCUCAAUCUUAACUGGGAAUUCAACCUAAGCUCCAUAUUUGUCGAUGCUGUCGACACCCCAUUGGGACGUUGUGGCACCAGAAGCACUACAGCAUUGACAGUAAAAGCUGGCGGGGAAGUGAACUUCUAUGAACUUUAUCUGGAGAGUGAAAAAUGGAAGGAGCAUACAUUCAACUACAGGAUUCAGAAACUGAUCAAGUAGAUGACCAAAGAUCACUGUUCUCGUACAUAUACAUAUAUAUAAAUAAAUACUUAAAUUUAUAUGCACAUAUAUAUAUAUAUAUAUAUAUAUAUAUAUAUAUAUAUAUAUUUAUCAAUCGAUAAAUCUCUUUUGAGUUAAGCUUAACAGGAUAUAUAUAUAUUAUCCUGUUGAUCUUCAUUCCAACCAAAGGUGUAAACUGGUGCAGUUGUAAUAUAUGAUAAAUCUCUUUUGAGUUAAGCUUAAAAGGAUAUAUAUAUAUAUAUUAUCCUGUUGAUCUUCAUUCCAACCAAAGGUGUAAACUGGUGCA